AUGGACAAAUUUGUAAUAAGGAAACAGGCUAGAGCGGAUGAAGGUACAAGUGGGAGUACCCCCAAAUCGUCUAAACCCGUUCUUAAUUGUGAUGAGCAAGUUGAUUUAGAAAAUCUUCCAAUUGAUCCGGCAGAAAGAACACGAAUUUUAGACUAUCCUUCUAAAUUCCAAGAGGCGGUAAGACAAAAAUAUAUUACCAUUGGUCCUAUCCAACCUCGCACUCAUAUCUUUCCCCAAAAAUUGAUUGGCAAUAAGUUGAGAAGAUUUAACUCUAGUUGGUAUGAUGAUUAUAGCAAUUGGUUAGAAUAUAACAUUAAAAAAGAUGCAUUGUUUUGUUUGCCUUGCUACUUGUUCAAACCUGAGGGGUAUAAAGGUGGGGGUGAUGCUUUUGUUGUUGAUGGAUUUUCAUCUUGGAAUAAAAAGGAUAGGUUAGAUUUGAAUGUUAGUGAUAUUGAAAGCUCACACAGUAAAGCUGUUGAAAAAUAUUUAAAUCUGAAAAAUGUCCAUGCUUCCAUUGAAACAACAUUCAAUCCAUUGCAAACACCUCAAAUUAAAAAUGAUUAUAAGACUCGUUUAAAUACAUCUAUUGUAUGUGUUAGAUAUUUGUUGCGGAUGGGAUUGGCAUUUCGUGGUCAUGAUGAAUCUGAUGAGUCAAGUAAUCGGGGAAAUUUCAUUGAACUUGUAAAAGUUGCUGCUGUUUUGAAUGGUGAAAUUGAUAAAGUUGUGUUAAAAAAUGCUCCCAAAAAUCUACAAAUGACUGCUCCUAGUAUUCAAAAAGAUAUUGUGCAUGCAUGUGCUAAAGAAACAACUAAAGCUAUUAUUGAAGAACUUGGAGGUGAUUUGUUUGGCAUACUAGUUGAUGAAUCUAGUGAUGUUUCUGUCAAAGAGCAAUUGGUUGUUGUGUUGCGUUUUGUUCAUAAGUAG